AUUACAUUGAUCUCGUUCUUUAGAAAUUAAGGUUUUUAAUUAUUUUGAAAUUGAAUUGUUCUUCAGGUAUGGAAGAUGUUCAAAGCACGACAGCACAAGACUAUGGCGGCAAUCAAGAAGUUCCGGAAAUCGGUUUGUGCAUCUGUUGGCAGACUACACUUGUCUCUAAAACCCACUUCUCUCCAAUUUUCAAUUGAGUACGUGUUUCAUCCUUGAAAUUUAGAAGUACAUUCAAAGACUUGAAUUAUGAAGGCUUGCGUCUGUUGAAAUCUGGAAAAGAAAUCGUCAAAAGAUGAAGACGCUUAUGCAGAAGUACACUAUUGAUACAAUGGCAGACAGUUCAGAUGAGUGCUCUUGUCUCAAAGGAGGGGUUUACAAUGUUAAUGGAGAUGAAACAGUUCCUGUUUUGAGUGCUGGUUACAUGUGUGCUAAAGCAUGGAAAGGGAAAACCCGGUUUAACCCUUCUGGAAUGCAAACUUUUAUAAGGGAGUAUGAUCAUGCUCCUCCUGCUAAUCUAUUAGAGGGUAGAGGCACCCAAGAAUCACUUGCCAUACGUAAGGCAACUGUUACAGAAAAAAAAUACUCAGUGGAAAGUGAUGUAGUUAGGACUUAGGACCUUGAAAAUGUUGUCUCAAGAGCACCUGUGGAAAGAUUCUCACUGUUCGGCGUGGCUGGUUUGUGGUGUGGGUGAACCAAGAACCAUGGCCUGUGCCAGAUGG